GGAGAAGGAGGAAUAGGGACUCCGCUGUGUUGCAUUCUGGGAAUGACACGACUCUGUCAGCUGCGCAGCCUCCUGGGAGUUGUAGUCGCGAUCCUGAGGCACUUGAUGAAAGAAGCCAUUUUAACUUUAAGUUUACAUCAUGGAUAGCACAAAGGAGAAGAACAAUUGCAAAGAUGAUCUUCUACUUCGGGUGGGACUUAAUGAUAAUAAAGCUGGAAUGGAAGGAUUAGAUAAAGCAAAAAUUAACAAAAUUAUAAUGGAAGCCACAAAGGGGUCCAGAUUUUAUGGAAAUGAACUCAAGAAAGAAAAUCAAAUCAACCAAAGAAUUGAAAAUAUGAUGCAACAAAAAGCUCAAAUUACUAGCCAGCAGCUAAGGAAAGCACAGUUACAGGUUGACAGAGUUGCAAUGGAAUUAGAGCAGAGCCGGGAUCUGACCAGUACCAUAGUACACAUUGACAUGGAUGCUUUCUAUGCAGCUGUGGAAAUGCGAGACAAUCCAGAAUUGAAGGAGAAACCCAUUGCUGUAGGAUCAAUGAGUAUGUUGACUACUUCAAAUUACCAUGCAAGGAGGUUUGGUGUUCGUGCAGCCAUGCCAGGAUUUAUUGCUAAAAGACUCUGCCCACAACUUAUUAUAGUGCCCCCGAACUUUGAUAAAUACCAAGCUGUGAGUAGAGAGGUUAAGGAAAUACUUGCUGAUUAUGAUCCCAAUUUUAUGGCCAUGAGUCUUGAUGAGGCCUACCUGAAUAUAACAAAACACUUACAAGAAAGACAGAAUUGGCCUGAGGACAAAAGGAAGUAUUUCAUAAAAGCAGGGAACUCCCUAGAAAAUGAUAAGCCAGGAAAGGAAGUUAGUACACUGAGUGAGAAUGAACGAUCCAUCUCUCCGCUACUUUUUGAAGAUACUCCUCCUGAUUUGCAACCCUCAGGAAAUCCUUUCCAAGUGAACUUUGAAGAACAAAAUAAUCCUCAAAUACUUCAAAACUCAGUUGUUUUUGGAACAUCGGCUGAGGAAGUGGUAAAGGAAAUUCGUUUCAGAAUCGAGCAAAAAACCACACUGACAGCCAGUGCAGGCAUUGCCCCAAAUGCAAUGUUAGCAAAAGUAUGCAGUGAUAAGAAUAAACCAAAUGGACAAUACCAAAUACUCCCCAACAGACAAGCUGUGAUGGAAUUCAUCAAGGACUUACACAUUAGAAAGGUUUCUGGAAUAGGAAAAGUUACAGAGAAAAUGUUUAAGGCCCUUGGAAUUAUUACUUGCACAGAACUCUACCAACAGAGGGCAUUACUUUCUCUCCUUUUCUCUGAAACAUCUUGGCAUCAUUUUCUUCAUAUUUCUCUGGGUCUAGGGUCAACACACCUGGCAAGGGAUGGGGAGAGGAAAAGCAUGAGUGUUGAGAGGACAUUCAGUGAGAUAAGUAAAGCAGAAGAACAAUACAGCUUGUGCCAAGAACUUUGCAGUGAACUUGCUCAAGAUCUGGAGAAAGAAGGACGUAAGGGUAGAACUGUUACACUUAAGUUGAAGAAUGUGAAUUUUGAACUAAAAACUCGAGCAUCUACAGUUUCAUCUGUAAUUUCUACCUCAGAAGAAAUAUUUGCUAUUGCUAAAGAAUUGCUAAGAACAGAAAUUGAUGCUGACUUUCCACAUCCCUUGAGAUUAAGACUUAUGGGUGUGCGGUUAUCUAGUUUUCCCAGUGAAGAAGACAAGAAAUACCAACAAAGGAGCAUUAUUGGCUUCUUAAAGUCUGGAAACCAAACUCUGUCGGCCACUGGGUGUACACUAGAGAAAACUGACAAAGAUCAGUUUUUAAAACCUCUAGAAAUGUCUCAAAAGAAGAGCUUCUUUGAUAAAAAACGAUUGGAAAGAAAAUGGAGCCACCAAGACAUAUUUAAAUGUGAAACUGUGGAUAAACAAAGUUUACAGGCAUCACAAUCAUUCCAAGUUUUAAAGAAGAUGAAUGAGAAUUUAGAAUCAUCAGAGAAUUCGGAUAGCUCACAGAUAUUUACCUGUCCUGUUUGCUUUAAGGAGCAAAAAAGCAUCAGCCUGGAAGCCUUUAAUAGACAUGUAGAUACAUGUCUUGAUGGAACAUCAAUCAGUGAAAACUCUAAAAUGUUCUCAUGUUCACAUGCUUCCUCUACAGAAGUUAAUAAGAAAGAAAGUAUGCAUCAUUGUUUUUCAGUCUGUGAGAAGCAGUAUUAUGAAACCCAUCAGAAGAAUAUAGAAACCAGUUCAGUAGACUGUGUAGAGUUGGUAGAGACUAUAGGUAACCCACCUAAAGAAAUAAGUGUAGAUGCUUUAAGUAAUAAGCAUGGCAAAGGGGACUGUUCUAGUUUUCCAAGCAAAUCAUUUAAUAUUGAGCACUGUCAUCAGAAUUCUUCCUGUGCUGUUUCACUGGAAAAUGAAGAUGUUGGAUCAUUAAGUAGGCAAGAAUCCCUCCAGCCUUAUUUAUAUGAAGUGGUAACAGACCAAGCUCUAGUUUGUCCUGUUUGUAACCUGGAACAAAAGACUUCAGAUCUUACCCUGUUCAAUGUGCAUGUGGAUGUUUGCUUAAAUAAGGACAUUAUCCAGGAACUAAAAAAAGAUAAUGUUAGUAUAGUUAACCAACUCAAUGAAAGCACCAAUAAUACUGGCAACAGUACAAUACAGAAGACUGUAACAAAAACAAAAAGGCCAGGACUGAUGACGAAGUAUUCAGCAUCAAAGAAAAUAAGACCUGACAAUCCCAGACACACUCUUGAUAUAUUUUUUAAAUAAAGAUUGAACAUUUUUCAUUAAUUUUUAAUUGAAACUUGAUAUUUUAUGAUCAGUGAAUCUCUUCCUCCUCAUCUUAAGUUUAGAGAUUCAUUUGUGAAAAACAAAUGCAAUAAAUUCUCUCCCAAUGA